CCCCUUCUCUCUCGCCGGCUAUUUCAAAUCCUCUGUAUUCUCUAGCGAAAAUUUUACUACCGAUCAGCUGCUUUUUUUUUCACUUUUUCACACAGAAUAAAAAUAUUUCAUAAAUUUUUUAUAAUUAUGACUGGAAGUAACGAUUUGUUACCGAGGUUGUCGUCCGACAGCGGAAGUAACGAUUUUCCGGCGGACGUUGAGUUGAGUUUAGGGUUGUCGUUGAACGGUAAAUUAGGGUUAAAACCGGAAAGAUUGGUGGGUAAGGAUAACAAUAUUAAUAAUAAUAAGUUAUAUCGUGCUUCUUCGGUUACGGAUUUGGUGAAUUUUCCGGUGGAUGUGGAGUUAACGUUGUAUUCGCCGUUAACGAGGACGUGUUCUCUGCCGCCGGAGACGGAGGUGGAGUGGCGGAAGAGGAAGGAGUUACAGUCGCUGCGUCGGUCGGAGGCGAAGCGGAAACGGGUUGAAAAGAUGAAGAAUGUUGUGGUGGUGAAAGGGAAAGUAGAAGAGGAUUUGGAGGCAAAUCGGAGGGGUUUGAAACGGUCUCCGACGCCGUCUCCGUCGCUUUCGUUACCGCCGGCGCCGCUGAUGAGGUUUUCGUCGCAGGGAUCAAUUGGGUCUCAGGAAAGUGGUGGAUCUUCUGGGGUAUCUGAUUUGGAUAGUCAACCUUUUUCAGGAACAAAUAGAGAGACAAGUGAAACCAACGAUCGCUCUGAACUUAACAAAGUUAAAUGCAAUCCAAAGAGCAAAGACCACAAACAUCGUGCAUAUGAUGAAAGGAUGCCGUGCGUUUCCACGAAAGGGGAUGGGCCAGAUGGCAAAAGGAUACAAGGGUUUUUGUAUAGAUAUGGAAAAGGGGAAGAAGUUAGAAUAGUGUGUGUUUGUCAUGGCAGCUUUCUAACUCCUGCGGAGUUUGUUAAACACGGCGGCGGUGGUGAUGUUGAACACCCACUCAGACAUAUCGUUGUUACCUCUUUGUUUACUUGAUAUUUUGGGAUUUCUUUUUCGAGAAGGAUCUGGUGUACUAUGAUUUUCUAACCAAAGAUGCAUAUGAAAGUACACAAGUAUACCAAGUAUUGUUGUUGAAAAUGUUUCUAUAGGUUUCUUUGUAAGGGUUUUUCGUUUGACUUGUUUC